AUGGAUCCUCUUCUGCCCAUCGGGCUCGUCGUGAUUCUCGGCGGCUGGCCUGAACGCGACGACACGCCCGUCCUCGACAUGGUCGGCAGCCUCCUCGAGGUGUACCGCCGCGCCUUCGCCGGCGUCAUCGUCUCAGGCGAUCUCAAAACCCAGGUGCCCCCCCAGUGGGCGGACGACGCCCUGCACUGCCCGCUCGCGUUCAAGAACUACCUGUGCUUCUCCAUGGCCAUGGAGCGCUUCGAGGCGCGCGGCCUGCGCGUGCACGGCUACGCGCUCCUCCAGAUGGACACCUACGUCAACAUGCUAUCAGUGCUGCACGCGCCGCUGGACCACGUGUGGGUCCACGGGCGCGAGGGCGGGCCCGUGAUGGCGGGGCGCGCGUGCGGCGACCUGGAGGGCCUCCCGAACGACAGCAAGGGCGGCGACUGGGAGUUCUGGACGGCACGCGGCCCGCACUUGCACCCGGAUCUGGACCUGCGGGAGAGCACGGAGCAGUUCUGGGUGCGCCUGAAGGAGCUCGGGUGGCUCCCGGCGGACUUUCCGACGGAGAAUGCGUUCAUCCUGGAGAACGAGUUCUACUACGUGCCGCGCGCGCUGGCGGCGGACUUUGGGCUGCUGGCGGACGAGGCGGUGGACCUGGGGCUGAUGCACGAGGUGGCGGUGCCGGGGAUCUUGAUGACGUUGAUGCGGCGCGGCGCGCGGUGCCACGAGAUGUCGUUCCGCGGGGGGUUCCGGGAGCAGCUGGCGCCGGAGCUGGGGUUGCUGGAGGUGGACACGGGGCACAAGUUCAACCCCCGGGACGACGCGCUGGUGGCGCAGCUGACGCGGCUGGCGGAGCUGCAGAUGGACGCCGCGCGGGAGCAGAAGCGGGCCGCGCGCGCGGGGUUGGCGCCGGAGGAGCUGUGCGUGCCGGGGAGGGGGCGCGGGGGCGAGGAGGCGGCGCCGGCGGUGGAGGCGGCGGAGCGGCGACGGUAG